AUGCUAAACAGCUUCCCUAAUGUCAGAAUCGGCCUGAUGGUCGGGAUCGGUGGCGGUGUACCUAGCGAGGAGCAUGACGUUCGUCUGGGCGAUGUUGUGGUCAGUGCUUCUCGCGACGGCUAUGGUGGUGUCUUCCAGUAUGACUUCGGCAAAUCGAUACAGGGCCAGGGCUUUCAAAAUACGCGUUUCUUGAAUCAGCCCCCAACUUCACUACGCACCGCAAUGAUAGGGAUUCAGACGGAGUACGAAAUCAAUGGGCACCGGCUCGAGGAGGCUAUCAAUAACAUUCUUGACAAGAACGCGAGGCUACGCCGGAAAUACGAGCGGCCGGAGCCUAUCACAGAUAGGCUGUUUCAGCCCGAAAGCGUCCAUAAUUCAAUAUGCGGAGAUGUGUUCUGUGCGUAUGAUUCCACUUAUUCGGUACCUCGAAAACGAGCGGACCGAGCACGAGGAUAA